AUGCAAGACUUCACCGACCGAUUGAUUCUCCUCAAUCAAGGACGACAAGAAGUUCUGGAGUGCAAAGCUUCCAUCAGCACCCGAGGAAGUAUUGCAAUAGGCGGUCGUAUUGCAAUACACUUCCAGAUGCCAGCAGCAUAUAUACCCGGAGCCGUUGGGCUCGCAGAAGGUGCCCUGUCGCACAGCCGGACUCAUGGCGGCAGUUCGACCGUUUGGCUGAUAUGUGUGGCCUGUCCCGAAGGGAGUAGGCCUCUGAGAGGGUACUGGCAAGCUCCUGACAGCGACCAGGGUAGUGAAUCCCAGCAGUACACAGUCACCAUUCGUGUGGCUGCAAAGGACGCCUUCGGGCGGGAGCCCCCACGCCUGGAUGUCUCAUUCAUCCCGCCAGGUCACAGUGAGAUCCAAAGGGUCACUGUGUACUUCCCGGGUACCGAUGACAAUGCUGAGACAAUGAUGCCGAGUGGCCUCCGAGACGGAGCGAGUGCGAACAUCUCUGGAUACGCAGGCGAUGCGACGCAAGCUCGGGCUCUCAAGGCCAGCAUGUUGGAUCAGGACUUGGUGCUGGGUCUUUAUGCUGCAAACAUCCGACCCGAAGAGUCCGACACACGCAGCGUUUUCGUGGUUUCCAGCAUAGAAUACGAGCGCAACGUCGGACAACUGACCGACAGUCGGCGUGGAAGGAGGCUCGGGAAUGCAGCAGCCAAAAACACGGCAGUUGUCGUCUUGUACGAGCCCUGUGAAGAAGCCCUCUCGCCCGAGACAACAAAGGACCGCCUGCAGAGUGCUUUCUUUGAAAGUACCCCUGGCUCUUUCAGCCAAGUGCUGGACGUUUGCUCUCGCGGUGCAGUCAGUUUCUCCGGCACAGUCGUCGGCCCUUUCCGUGGCUGCCCGGAUUCGACGGAUGUUUGGGCUACUUACGUUUUUGUGGAGAAUCAGUUGCGUGGCACACCCGAGUGGGACAACAACGAGUUCAAGCUUCUGGUGUUGCCACGUUCGUGGAUGAGUAGCGUCGGCGUCGGUACAGUUGGAGGCAGCAUUUCCUGGUACCGCGAUGACUACGUGGGCUAUCCGUCACUGUUUCUCCAUUCAAUUGGUCACAACUGGAAGCUUGAGCACGCUGUCGACUGGAGCAAUUACCCUGACUCCAGCUCACUCGGCUUUGCGGAUUAUGCAGCAGAGGAACUGACGAUGAGCACUCUCGUCUCGGGGGGCUCCACCGCACUGACGCUCAAGGCAAUGGGAAACGAGUUCUCGAGCGGUGUCAAGAUCCGGUUGGACAUGACCUCCUACACCACUUCGGGGGACAAGAUGGACGUGCUAGGCUAUAUCGUCCUCUCCUGGCGCGGAAGUGUCGGAACCGACCAGUAUUUGGAAGGCUCAAAACGAGGAAACCACUUGCAGGUACACAACUUCGAUGGAGCCGACAGUAAAGACGACGUGUUCAGGGGCAGCAGCGUCAUCCUGAUGGACAGGGACAGAAGUGGCCUCCGAAUAAUGACCGACUUGAAGAUGACUGUAAAGGGCUCACGGUUCGGCCGAUACCGCGACACAGUGGAUGUACUGCUCUGCAGGCGCUUGGACCAUGAGAAUGGCAAUUACAAUGAUGAUCCCUUCUCCCCCAUUCGGCAGCUCAUGCCCUGUCCGGAGCCGGGGACAACACCCACACCGCAGACCACUACUUCCACGACAACGACGACGCUUUAUCCCAUGAUUGAGAUCCACGGUACUAUCACUGUCACGGGUGUCGAAUGUUUUUUGCUGGCCAGCGACAGUGCAAAGCUAGGACUGGCAUGGGGUUUGGCAAGCAAUGCUGUGGUUGUCGAUGUAAAGCAAGUCAUUGCUGUGGAGGUGCCAUGCGAGCGACGGUUGGCCUCUCCCUCGCUCCCACAUGACCAAGCCGAGUCCGAAAGCAUUAAAUCGGUGACAGCCUUGGUGGGCGUUGGGUGCUCCGGCGACUUCUGCCGUAACAUGCGCCUCAGCCACCGCCAAGACAUCGAACUGCGCAGUACAACUGUGACCAUCCAACAGCUUCAGGUUGAUGUCGGUGAACUCAUUUGCCAGAGUGGACAGAUUGCCAUGAAGGUGACCUUCUUCCGCCUGCACUGUGCAAUGCCGAAGGCCGGAAGCAUCAGUCCCCUUAGCGAUGAAACUGCUUGCUUCCCGUAUUACGUGCACAGCACUGGAGACGGCAUGUGCCCAGGCGACAGCGUUGUUGUGGGCAUGAAGUGCGGCGGGGCCGAGUGUGCCAUCAAGUCCUUGGUCUGGAGUGUGGGGACGACGGCUGCGGUGGUUCUUGCGGUACCUGCACUGCCCGCAGCGAUAGCGAACUUGCCUCAGUUUGUCGUGGAGAUAUCGGCCGAUGUGUGUACUUUCGUAACAUCUGAAUCGAAGAGCGACACCGCCAUGGCCAAGACGGAUCUGGUUUCGACAGGCAUGGGCUGUGCUGGGAGAUACUGUGAGUCUGUGAACUUGGUCCAGAUGAGUUCCUACAUAGAUGCUGCGACAGCUGAGAAGUCGGGGUGGAUCUCGGACAACACUGGCAAAAGCUGGUUCUGGAACACGGGCACGCAAGCUGAGGAUCAGGUGGCCGACUGCCCUGAUGGUAUGGCCGUGACUCACCUGGAGUGCAACGGCAAAUAUUGCGACAACCUCCGCAUCCACUGUGCUAAACCGCUGCAGUGGGUCGUGGACAUGACGGAAGAUCCGGUGGUGACCACGUGGUUCAGCGAGGAACGACAAAGGAUGGAUUGCCAAGAGGGCAAGGUGGUGGUAGGCGUGGAGUGUCAAGCCUCAAAGGGGAAGUGGUGCCUCCGAAGAUGUGGUCUCCACUGUGACAACAAGCGCCUGUGCUGCCGAAGCAUCCGCCCUGAGAUGGCAGGUUCUGCAGUUCUUGGCGUCCUCGGUGCUCUUCAGAUGCCUGAGUCCACGCCAGCCGCCCCGCCCGCGAGCAGUCCAUGGCGGUCGGGUGCCAGUGACCUUACAAACCUUGCUUGGAACCUGUUUUCCAGCGCCGGUAUUUCUGGCGCGCACAAUGUCGGCUCCAGCCUUGCUUCGUUUGUAUUGUUGUUGGUUGUAGUCUGUUCAACUUGUUGA